CGGUCCGUUGACCAGAGCAGCAGUAUGGCCGACCAGAGCAGGCAAAUAAAACUCGCUGCAGCUAAGAAAAAGCUGAAGGAGUUUCAGCAGAAGACCUCCCCUGCUGGUGUGGGAGGAGAAAAGGGUGGUGGAGGAGGUGGUGGUGGAGCAGGGGCCAAGAAGAAGAGGAAGGUGAAGGGACAGAGCCAAAAUGAUGCACCUUCAUCAGACAGAAACUCCCCAGACAAUUUUGACAGUAUUCUGAAAGCACUUAGUCAAAGCAAUGGAGUAGUCCUACCUCCUUAUGGCAACAGUCAGACCUUUGCUGACAUGGAGGCCAUCGGGUCUUCAGUUCCCCAGCUGCUGGAGGACCCAAAGGGCGAGCCUGGCCGUGGCUCACCUGUGUCUAACCCUGCUAGUGCUAACACUGCUACUAACCCUGAGUCUGUCAGUCACAACACUGACCUGCAGGACUAUCCCGAUACCAACGGCAAUGAGAGUUUAACAGAAGAAAAUAGACCACUGUCUUCCACAGAGAGCCUGCGACAGCUCUCACAGCAACUGAACGGCCUAGUCUCUGAGUCAUCCACUGCGUAUGUGAAUGGGGACAGUGCACCUUCUGUUGGUGAGAGAGAGCUGGAGGGUCGGAACCAGGAGCUGGCAGCCGCCCUGGAGUCCAGCAACCUAGCAAACUCUCAGCUAAAUACCCAGCUAAACCAGCUGGCACAGCAAUCUCAGGGGCUCUCAGAUCAGCUACAAAAGGAGCGAAAAGAAUUUGAAGAGAGAUUUUCAAAAGAGCAGGGAGCCAUGCGGGAGCAAUUACAGGUUCACAUCCAGACCAUUGGCAUACUAGUAUCAGACAAAUCAGAGCUACAAACAGCACUACAAUACACACAACAGGCUGCACGGCAGAAAGCAGCUGAAGCAGAGGAGUUGAAUAACCGUCUGCAGGCAACAAAGCAGAGAGUGUCAGAGCUCGAGAGAACACUGUCGUCUGUCUCAACACAGCAGAAAAUGUUUGAAAAGCAAAACAAAGAGUUUGAAAAGGAGAGAGACAGUCUGAGGCUAGAGGUGUUUAGACUAAACAAUUUGACUGAGGAGUCGAAGCAGCAGAGCUCCGAGAUGUCAGAGCAGAUCAAGCUGAGUACGCAGGAGAAUGGAGCACUAAGGCUGGAGGUGGAGGAUCUUCGCAAGAGGCUCGAGAUAGCGGACCUCAUGUUGCAGCAGUACUCCAGUCAGUCAGAUCCCACCAGUGCCAACCAACAGGUCCAGUUGCUGCUGGGAGAGAAGCAGCAGUUGGAGGCACACAAUCACCAGCUGAUGGAGUCAAUGUCCCAGCUGCAGAUGGAGAGGGACUGCUAUGCAGAGCAGAUCCAGACGGAGGGUCGUGUAUGGAAGGACAAAACAGAACAGCUGCUAACACAGGUGUCUUUAGUUGCAGAGGAGAGGGACAGAAACAUCAACCGAGUCCAAGAACUGGAAGCCAGCAUCACAGAGCUAAAAAAUGCUGCAGCGUUGUUGUCCCAGGAGAGGGAGGCUCGGGAUGUUGUAGAGCCUCAGUCCUCAGGGCCAUCAGAGAGUGAGGUGGCUCUGCAGGAGGCUCUCAACACACUACAGCAGGAGAAAGACGCUCUUACUGCACAGUACCAGGCACAGCUGCGGGAUAACGAGCAGCUGAGCCGGCUGUGUGCAGAGCAGGAGACGCGUCUGGGGGAGAUGGAGCGGCAGGUGGAGAGCAAAGCCCAGGAAGAGGAGGACCGCCGGCGCAUGUUGGAGGAGGUUCAGUCGGACAAGGCUACUAUUAGCCGCGCUCUCACCCAGAACCGUACACUGAAGGACCAGCUGGCUGAGCUACAGAAUGGUUUUGUCAAACUGACUAAUGAGAACAUGGAGCUGACCACUGCCAUUCAGUCAGAGCAACAUGUGAAGAAGGAGCUGGCUCGCAGGAUGGGUGAACUUCAAGAGGAAUUGCACAACGUCAAGGAGCAGAUGGAACUGAAAAGUACAGAAACUCAGGGUGUGAUUGAGCAGAGGGACCAGGUCAUGGCCCACCUGCAACAGUAUUGCGCUGGCUACCAGGCCCUGGCCUCAGAGCGGGAACAGAUCCAUCACCAGUAUCUGCAGCAGCUCCAGCUCAUGGACAGGCUGCAGCACGAUGAAAGCCAGGGCCGUGUGCAACUGGAGAUCAGUCACAAUCAGCUCAAGCAAGCACAGGAGCAUUUGGAGAUGUUAGUCAAAGACAAUGAGCAGCUGAAGGCCGAGGUGAAGGAGCUGCUCAACAGCUCAGUUCUUGCUACGUCAUCCAGAGACCAAGGCGAUGGAGUGGAAAGCCAGUCCCUGCAGGAGAGCCCACAGAAGUCGGCCUCCAUAGUUAUCCCAGAAGACUUUGAAAGCCAGAAGGAGAUGGAGGAGUUUAUUCGUGGAGCUUUGGCCGAGUUGGAGGCGGAGAGGGACGAGGCCAGAAGGCAACUGGAGGAGGAGCACAGGCUCCAUAUGGCAGCCAGGCACCAGACCACUCUGGCCCUCAGCCUUGAGCACCAAAACCACAGCCACAAACCUGUUCAUGACCAUCAUCACGAGCACGAUCACACUCAGGACCAACAUAGUCACUGUGAACACAGUCAUGAGCAUUCAGAAGGAGGAGUGCCGGUGGAAGUUCAUCAGGCCCUGCAAGCUGCCAUGGAGAAGCUUCAGCAGCGUUUCACCUCCCUCAUGCAAGAGAAAGCUGACCUGAAGGAGAGGGUGGAGGAGCUGGAGCACCGCUGUAUCCAGCUGUCUGGAGAGACCGACACUAUAGGGGAGUACAUCGCGCUGUACCAGAGUCAGCGGGCCAUCAUGAAGCAGAAACACCAGGAGAAGGAGCAGUACAUCAGCAUGCUGGCUCAGGACAAGGAGGAGAUGAAAGCGAAGCUGGCAGAGCUUCAGGAUCUGGUGAUGAGGCUGGUGGCCGAGAGGAACGACUGGUACAACCGUUACACAGGAGCUGUCGCUGGCACGGGCACAGUGAACCCAGACCUGCUUCCUGUUGGGGAGGAUCACACUCACGCAGAGCACCAAGCACACGCACAUACAGAGCUUAAUGCUUUCAGUGGAGCAGAAGCCAUGGAGGUCAUCCCUCUGUCAGAGCCCACCACAGGCCUGGAAGCCUCGUCAUCCCAGACACUGUCGAGCGCGUCAGCCCAGACUGACUCCAAGCCCCUGGCACCCAAAGAGGACGGCACAGCCCAGCAGAUUAUGCAGCUGCUCCACGAGAUCCAGAACCCCCAGGGAGCGCUAAGAUCACCUCCAUUCCUCGGGGAGAACCCCUGUAUCCCCUUCUUCUACCGGCCUGAUGAACAGGACGAAGUCAAGAUCCUGGUGGUGUGAGUGAGGUGUGUGUGUAUGUGUGUGUGUGUGUGAGAGAGAGAUAUAUGACCUGUCUUGAAGUCUGGGAAAUAUCAAACACCACAGUAUACCGUGUUUGUAGAUUGUUGAUCAUAUUCACAAACACUUCAAAAGAAAUAUGACACCCUGCAACACUGGUCACAGAUAUGUGAAUGUCUUUGACCCAGUUACAUUAAAACGCCCCGCUCUGUUCUGUGUGCUGGCACUAAUGUGUGCAUGGUUAGAAAGAGUGUUUUCCCUUUGUUGUUUUAUGUUUUUUUUGUCUAUGAUGCUCUUCCCAGAGAGAUAAUCAGUAUUCUUUAGUGCAACCUGAUUAUUCUCAUUACCCCCAUUUUUAAUCCCCUCUUGUCUCCCAUUCUACACAAAAGUGCAAUAAAGGGGCUGUAUAUUCUCUCCCCUUGCUGAUACAGUACUUCAAAGCUGUUGAAAAAAAUAGCAGCCUGUUUGUGUGCAACUUAAUUUCAGUGCAAAUCUCAGUUUUACACAGUUCACUGUAAAAAAAAAAAAAAUGCCAAAAAGAGCAUCACGUUUGAAUGUAGUAACCCGAAUAUUUACCCAUAUGUCUGUGUAAUGUGAGGAGAACUGAUGAAGGUGAAAGGGUGCGUGAGGAGAUGAGAUGCAGAGGGAGAUGUAAGUUAAAGUGAAAUAAAGAAACCAGGUGCACAUAAUAGCUUUUGAAGUGAAGGCGCUGUUCUGUUUCGAAGUCAAGAGCUUGCUAGUCACACGAUGAGGUUCAGGAAGAUGGAGGCAGGUAUUGCAGAGUGGUACUGUUCCUUGAAACAACCUUUUCUCCACGUUGUCUUUUUUCCUCCCAAACACUGAAAAUGAGUCUUAUGUUUGUACAGUGCAAAGUGUUAAUAUAUGUGAACUGUUCGUGUUGUGAUGUCAAACAUCCUGUUAGACUGGGAGAAGUCACCGCCCUUAUGAAAAGGUGGUCUCUGAAGUCAUUGAGGGGAUAGAUGCAAUUUAAAGACCCCAUGAAGACGAAAACAAUCAGAGUUAUGAGGCAUUAUUUUCUCAGUAGGUGCUGAAACCGAGGAGAAGGUCAUCUUAAGAUAAAUACCAACACUUGGGGUGCUGUGUUAGAGGCUGCUUUCCACAUUAUUGUUUUCUGCAAAUUGCUCUACUUUAUCUUUACCAUUAGCGUGAUAGAUACUAAUGUGCAGUGACUGGAGGACGUUACAGGGAAGUUAAAAUCUCUACAUCUACACUCACAUCUCCUCUUUCUUCUUGUAAUAUCCUGUACACAGGUGCUCUGAGACAUUUGGCUGACCCAUAGACUGUAUGUUAAGAUGUACGUGUUUCCACAAAACAAAAAUAUAGCUAAAAUAUCCAGGAUGUGGCUGCUACCAUCUUGCCCUGGUGACAUCAUUUUGAAACCAGAGCAGUCUUUCAUUAUGUGACUGGAAUCAGAUGCUGAUAGUGAAACAAGCCAUUUCACAGGGGUUGUGAAGCUCAAAAAAAUGUAUCCACUUUCACAAUGUAAAUCUAUGGGUAAUACCACUUUUUGCCAUUAUGUAAAAUUUGCUUCAAAGCCCGGUGUUUUUCCUGGUGACUUGGUCCCAUCCAUUAACAUGGAGGAAGCAGGGUUUAUGACCUAUACUGCAGCCAGCCACCAGAGGGCAAUUAAGAUGUGUUGGCUUUACUUUUUGGGAGCUUUGAUGUCAUCCAGCUUUAUAUACAGUUAAUGGGCCAGCCUCAACGCAAACUCAGUUCAUCUCUCCCAUCACUGAAGUAAUGAAAAUAUAAUUCUGUCUUCAUCAGAGCUGCUCUUCCAUAACUGAGCCCAAACAUCCAUCUCAUGGGGUCUUUAAGUUUAUAAACAAACCGACACUAUUAAUUAGAGCCUGUUCUUCUCUGUUACGUUUGCUUGUAGUUCCACAUAUCAAAAAUGAAUUAACGCACAUCCUUUACAACUGGACGGUGUGAAUGAUGCUUGUGUUUCCUCUUCAACCCAAGUUGCAUCUGUUGUACUUUUUUUGUAGAGUUCUAUCAGAUUAUAUAAGUAUGAUUGCACUAAAACUGUACAAAGCUUCUCAUUCUGCUCUGUGUGUCCUCUGUGGCGGGUUGGACAGUUUCUGCCAUGGAGCCUCUUAGCUGGUUUAAUGAUAUCUGCAGAGGGAAAAAAGGGGGAUCCAAUGAAGCCACGCUCUUAAGCUGAGGGUUCCACUUGAAGCAUAUAAAUUUAAUUGAAGCUGUGUGUGUGCGUGAGAGAGUGUGUGUGCGGUGUUGCACUCGGAGGAUGAUGUAAAUAUGAGUGGAAGCUUAAAUUAAUGAGAUUGCUCACUUCCAGAGGUCGGGAUGUUAAUCCCAAAAGUGUGGGACCAAUCAGAAUUUGAAGAAACUAGUCAAAUUUGUAACUCUUGUAUCGGCAACACUUGAGUUAAUCUCCUUUGGGCAUUGGAAACAAGGACUUUAGUAAUACCCCAACAUAAGGACUGACUCAUCGCAUGCUAGCUUUAAGUGAGAGAUGCUCAUAUUCACAGAUGUAGAUUGGAGGAUGAAGUGAUUGAUAUAUUCACUAUAGAAGUAAUAACCAAGAGCUACGCUUUCACAGCUAACCUUUUUUUUACAUUUCAGGUCAAAUCAUGGCAGAGGCGUCUGUUUUUUAGAGUCUUUCCAUGAUUUUAAUAUGCAAAGACAUGAGGGUCUCACUGCAAUUCAUCCAAAUAUCCCACUGAGUACUUUUGGAGGCAUUUCUUUCCUCUUAGUCGGAUGUCUUUGAAAUGUAAGAUCCUCUUUGUUGUGUCUGCUUUGAGGUAGAGGACACAUUUGUUCAGUUAUUAAAUUGCACACUUGAUAUUUAUCACUAGAAGCAACAGGACGGAAAGUGUUGGUGCAAAUUCUGGUAUUUUAAGCCUAUUAUAGGAAGCUAAAUGUAAUACGUGGAGGCCAUAUAUACUUGGUGUUUUUUACAGGCAACGUGAAGAGCGCUGCGUUUACCCUAAACCACAGCACUUUGUUAGUAGCAGGUGGUUUUCGAUUAAUCUACUUAAUCAUUCUUGAUUUUUAAAAUUCCUCACUUAGCAUUCUGUCACUUUCCUUUGCCACAAAAUAUUAUUUUUUUCUUCCCUUCAUUUUGUUUUUGGUCAGACCAAGAGGUAGAUUUACAGUAAAAUCCUUUUAGUGUCGUUUUGGGGCUUGUAAAAUAAAACAAUGUGGAUAAAAUUACUUCCCAUGCUUUCUAAUUCACUGUUAAAUAUGUUAUGCGUGAUUGAAACAAAUAGCAAUGAGGAAGCAUUUAUUGUCCUUACUGUAAAAGAGGUGGUGUAUAUACUGUAACUGUGUAACAUAUUGUAUAUUCAUUAUGCCUGGUGUGUGGGGGAAAAAGCUGCUCUGCCAUGUUUGCUGGCAGCGCGGGCUGUGUGUCUGGAGGUUAGUUCAGAGACGAGGUGUUGGUGGUUACUGACUGGCUGUGAUUUAAUACAAAGAUUGACUAAAAAAAGUAAGAAAAUAUUCUAUUUAUUUGGAAUAACUUAGUAACUCAACUAAUCAGUUUUAAUGUAAAAUAGAAGUGACCGUUGGAUGGAAAUGAAGGAUCAUUCAGAGGACUGAUUUUGUUCGAGGGCUGCUUCUGACAGAAGCUUUCUGAUUUGUUUUUUUUUCCUUGAGUAAUAUUUUCUCUCCUUCUCCUGAAUAAAACUGAUUGAGCAACUUGAA